CCUUGGCGUUCGUGGAUAUCUUGCUUCACGUCGAAUGUUCCGCACAAUGCACAGAUGGCACUUUGCUUGUCGUCAGUCACCAUCCUUGUGGAGAAACAUGACGCAUCACUGAUGAUUGGACCUUCGUAUUCUCGAGGGCCGCAAGGUUGGACGCCCGUUACCGACACAAAGUCAAACACUGUGUGGCAACGCUCAAAGGUUCUAGAUGCCCACCAAAGGCCUCCCUCGCAAAGCCAGACGGGAGUGCCGAGCUUCUAAGCUUCGGUUACUUAUCUGAGAACAGCUCGUCAACCAAAUUCCGUGGCGUGCCUUGACUUUCGGCACGCCGCCAAUGAAAACUCACCACCAAUCCCGCGAUGACGCCAAAACGCCUCAGAGGGAGGCGAGCCGCCUUUCCCUCCCCUCCCUCUCGCCUCGCUGAGAAGCCGGCCGGGGAGAAUACGACACCGGGCUCGCCCCGGGGAACGAAAAACCAAACCCACGAUGCGUCAUUGCCAUCAUCACAGCCACCCUCCCCACCUGCCGCCGGGCCUGGCCGCGCGCGGGGGGCACGGCUGGCCCGGGGCCUCGCAGGAUCAGCACCGCCGCCCCCGUCGCCGCUGGGCGCCGCCGGACCCGGGCUCGCUGCUCGCCCAGAUCGCCGCGCACACGGCGGAGCCACUGUGGAAGACGCCUCAGAACUGGACGCAGGCCCACGUCGACUUCUUCUGCUGCCGCUUCGAGGGCGCCGCCGAGGGCCCCCCGCAGGGCGGCGGCGUCCGGGCCCAGAGCAGCCAGGCCGUGUCGUCGCCGCGGCCGAAAUCCCGACGCGCCUCGUCCAUCAUGUCUUUGCUGUCUAAUAAGGAAAGGAGCGUGACGCCGACGGAUCAGACAUUGGCGGCGGAUCCGGACAAGUCCCUCACCGCGAUCGACGAGAGGCCGCCGGCGCCGCCAGGGUGGACGGCUUUUGGGCUGUUCCGUUUGGUGCUCGGCUGGUCGCUCCCCGCCGGCGGCGCGGCCUGCCCGGCGCUGUCGCGGCUGCUGCUGCGCGACGACGACGACGGCCAGCGGGCCGGGAUCAAGAAGAUGCUGGACAGGGGCACAGGGCUCGAGUUCCACUGCAAGCGCCAGGCGCUCUUUUUGCUGGUCGACGGCGCGCCGUGCGCCACGCUCGAGCUGAACCUGUGCGUGCCGUCGCAGCGGCGCCCGCCGGUGAGGAGCUGGCAGUCCUUGGACGGCCUCAUCCGCACCUUCUUCCGACGCCGCCGCAGCAGCAGCAGCAUUAGCAGUGACAAGAUGGCCCAGAAGGGCGACGACAAGGCGGGCGAGAAGCUGGCAGAAGACAGCAGGACGACGUCGGGCGCGACGACCCCGACCACGCCGCCCACGCCCCCGCUGACGCCACCACCACAGCCACAGCCGCAGCCGCAGCCGCAGUCGCCGCGCGUCUUCCCGGCCGCGGCGCUGGUCGGCGAGCACUCGCAGGCGGCGACGCUGCUGCGCGGGCUGGCGCUGGGCCACGUGGAGCUAGGCGGCGUGGACCAGGCGCGGGCCAACGGGCCCGUGGCGGCCACCAUGCGCAAGUGCCUGCGCGGCGUGACGCCCGCCGUGCGCCUGCACGACCCAUACCUGCUCGCCGUCGUCAUCGCCAUGGCGCAGGGCCAGGAGGCCUGGCGGGCCCGGCUCAGGGCCGACGACGAGGAGGUACUACGGCGGAACGGGGAGGAGUGGCUCUGCGAGGGCGGUUACAAGGUGCGUUGGCUUUUAUCUUUGGGCUUUGCUUCCUUGACGUUUAGGCAUGCUUGCUGA